GCAGUUUUGCAGUUUCAUGCAAGUGCACGCACCUUGUGCUCGUCCUCUUCCACCCAGCUGCAUCUUUUCGGGAUUUACCAGAAGCUUUGAUGGGAUGCUGUAGAUUGCUCCUGAAGCAAGAUGCAUUUAUAUCGUGUUGCUGGUGCGCCGCAAAUGCAUCUAGUGCAUCUUAUAUAGCUUCUACGACAUGAAAUGGUUUGACCUUUGACUUGCAACGAAUGACAAUGCAAAGGUCGCUGUCAGACAGAGAGGAGGUUUGAAGCGCAUCUUUGCAGUUCGAGACUGUACUGCGGGAAGAAUGCCAGAAUCCGUCCUGAAAGGCUGGAAUGGUUAGGAAUGGGACAGGAAGCUCUGCGGCAACAAUGAAGCGGCAGUGCAUUGAGUCCGACUACGGAGGGGGUAUCAUUCCUUCCUUUUGGACAUUCCGUUCCCGCUGUGCUCUGUGCUUCCGUCUGCUCCAGAAAGAGUUUCCCAGGCUCAUGUCCUCCUUUCAGAACCAUGAAAGUGUUGCCAGGGGACAAGGCAAAAGAAGAAAGCAUGCCAUCCUUGGUCUGCAUGGACUUAAGAUCAUGGAAAAUGCUUGGAAAUGAUCGGAAAUUUCUUUGGAAAUAUGAUUGAGGAAUAUAUUGACAAGAGAAACAUCUAGGCUUCAGUGACGGUCGUCGCCUUUCUCCCCAUUUCUGACACAGCAUUUUUUUCAAUGUAAACAAGCCAUCUAAAUGUUCAACAUUUCAACAUCAAAGAUAUAUAAUUGUACUUUUGAAUUUUAUUUCCACAUUCAUUCUAAAGGGCAUAAUUACUGUAUCAAAUGAAUCCCUUGUGAAAAUCAUAAUUUUAGAUCCAAGACAACCAAGCAAAUACUGUUAGGAUAUUUGCAUUUACGCUGCAUUGUGGUAAAACAAAAGAACAAUCAAUUCACAAGACCCUGUGAAAUUUCUCAUGUCGCAACUUUAGGAAGUCAUGUAUGGCAACUUGUUGCAUUUUCUUGAAAGUGGCAGCUACAAAGUGUUUUUUCAGAUGUAAGAAUUGUACAUCUUUCCAUGGACUUCCCAAGGAAACCAGAGCAGGGCAGCGAUGAGGAGAUUUUACCUCAUGGUCACUGCUCCUCUUCUCUCACAGAUAGCUGUUUUGAGAACAAAGCACAGUUUGACACCAGAUUUUCCAAUACUUUUCCAAUAUCCAAUUCUUCUUGAAUGUUCGCUGAUAACCAUUAGCCCGUAACCAGUUGAGGGGCAUUUAUUGCAGGUUUAGAUUAUCUCACAAUAAUAAUAACAUAAUAAUCAUAAUAAUAACACGGGCUACUUUUGGGGCCAUAACCCACAACAAGCUAAAACUCAACUCUGAACCUCCGACAUCAAUUCCUGUCCUCCAAACAUCCGCCCGCCACUAAGGUCCCUCUAGGGAACACAUUUGCUCUGACACACACGAGCAGGAGUUUUAUUUACAUCUUAGAUAGUUUAUUUGCUCCUAUUAUGUCUACUACUGUAUAUUAGGUAAUAUGAGUGUAAAGCCAUAUAAAGCCACCAUUACAAUACAUUGAUGAGAUAAUAGUCACUGCAGGAAGUACACCUUCCAGAAAAAAACAAGAAGAAACUGCAAACGUGUGAGUCUGUUAUCUUAUUAGUCUCAUUCCUAGGUUCCCAAAGUGGGGUACACAUACCCCUACGGGUACACCAAUUGUCAUAGGGGGUAUGUGAAUAAAAACAAUUAGCGCCUAAGACUCACAAUUACGAGUGUGCCCGAACGCCUCACUUUGCAAGGAGAAAGGAGAAGAAGGGAGGCAGAGCAUGAAGUUGUUCAUUGCUCUGUGUGCAUCAUAUGAAAAAAUAAGUAAGCUUGGUAAUUAUUUUGUGCAUUAAGAGUGUUUAAUCUUGAAUUUUUCAAAUAUAUUGCUGUUCCAAUCUCCGCAGCGGUGAAAACCUCGAUGUUCACCCCGAAAACGAGGCUUGUAUGUAUUUGUGUACUUUGGAUACUGCUUUACCAUGAUUGUGAAACUUUCCCCUUCAAUUUGGUAUUAAAUUAAUAUGCAGACUUACUGCUCAUAUGAAAGUUUAUGAAAGUGUGACCAUGCAAAAUACAUAUUUUUUUUUACCUGGAAUUACUAUAAAAUGGAUUAAACCAAUUAUGUUCCAUAUUUCAAGUUAAUUAAGAUAAAAAGGUUUGUGUUUUUUAAGUGUCCAGGAAUGGGGGUACAUGGCUUCAAGUCAAAUAUCUGAAGGGGUAAGCGACUGUAAAAAGUUUGGGAACCACUGGUCUAAUAUGUCUUAUUUUCUCUUGAUUAUAUCUACUAUUUUGGGUAAUACAAAUCUAAAUGUGACUAUAGGGGUGUUAUUUAAUGUCGAGCAGGUUCUAAUGAUGUUAAAAAUGAUAUUAAGAAGACCUUAAAGAGGUUUUCUAUCCCCAAUACAAAAAUAUUUGAACCAAUUAACUAUGAUAAACCAGGGAUGACUUUUUAUUUUCAAGUUUUUCAAAGACUACUACAGAUGAGCACUGCUUUGGACAGUAAUACUCAGAUACUGGUGCUGCAGCUCUGUUUUUGUAUUUUUUUUACGCAUAUUUAUCUUAAUUAAAUUAACAAUUAAUGUAUAAUGAAUUAAUACGGUAUUUUUCUUAAAAUACGAUGUAUUUGCUUGUGGAAUAAGGGGUUGAAAUGACAGCAUUUGGAGGGGGGGCACAACAAUUGCCUGGCCCCAGGCGCUGGCAGCCCAAGUUACGCCACUGAGUCAGAAGCCUGGUACAACACUGCGGCACCGAGAGAACGAGAGAGAGAGGGCGAGAGACAGCAGGCUGUCGGUAUACUCUCUUCCAUGGACAUGUGCUACAUCUAGCUUUAGCAGAACAAGUAUCGGCGGCUGUGGAGGCGACGGUACAGCCUGCCGCGUACGUUUCAAGAUAUCUUUUGGACAUUUUUUUUAAAUAUAACUUACAUUUAAAUCUCUCUUUGAUGUCAUUCGGUGAUGAGCUUGCUGGGCGCCUAUAAGAAAAAGAGCAGUUACGAUGGCUAUGAAUCUUUACAGUUGGUCGAUAGCGGCAGAGAUAGCUUCAAUACCGGCAGCGGAGGCGGAAGCAGCACAUUUGGAGGCCCGGUAGCGGCUCCCCUUGGACCGAAGGCAGGCCCGCAGAGAGAGGAGGACUGCAGCACCAUGGACAGCUCAGAUGUGGAUGCCAAUUAUGGCGGCGGACUGUUGGAUAUGGUGAAGGGUGGAGCUGGAAAGUUUUUCAGUAACUUUAAAGACAAUCUCAAGGAUACGCUAAAAGACACUUCCACCAAGGUCAUGCAUCAGGUUGCCACGUACACUAAAGGGGAGCUGGACAUUGCUUACAUCACGUCAAGAAUCAUAGUGAUGACUUACCCAGCAGAGUCUGUGCAGAUUGGCUACCAGAACCAUGUGGAAGACAUCCGAUCGUUCCUUGACAGUCGCCACGCUGACCACUACACUGUCUUCAACCUGUCACAGCGCAACUACCGCGGCGCCAAAUUCUCCAACAGGGUUUCAGAGUGUAAUUGGCCUUCUCGCCAGGCUCCCAGCCUGCACAACCUCUUUGCUGUUUGUAAGAACAUGCACAACUGGCUAAAACAGAAUCCCAAGAAUGUGUGUGUCAUCACCUGCUCGGAUGGCCGUGCUCCAUCAGGCAUCUUGGUUUGUGCCAUGUUUUGCUUUUGCCACCUCUUCAGCAAUCCAGUUCCUGCCAUGCAGCUCCUCAGCGCCAAGAGACCAGGCUCGGGCCUCUGGCCUUCACACCGCAGGUACAUCGGCUACGUCUGUAGCAUGGUGUCAGACAAGCCCAGUCUACCCCACACAAAGCCUCUUGUGAUAAAGGCUCUCACCGUAAGUCCAGUUCCCUGUUUCAACAAGCAGCGGAGUGGCUGUCGGCCCUUCUGCGAUGUCCUCAUUGGAGAGACCAAAAUCUUCACCACAGUACAGGAGUAUGAGAGAAUGAGAGAACACAGAGUUCAGGAGGGGAAAGUGGUUUUUCCUCUUGGUGUCAGCGUUCAAGGAGAUGUCGUAGUUUCUGUUUAUCACAUGCGGUCCACUAUUGGGGGACGUCUGCAAGCCAAGGUGUCCAACACACAAAUUUUCCAGAUCCAGUUCCACACUGGCUUCAUUUCUCCUGGGACGACCAUGCUAAAAUUUAACAAACCAGAGCUCGAUGCAUGUGACUCUCCAGACAAGUAUCCGCAGCUGUUUCAUGUCAUACUGGACGUGGAGGUGGAGGGGCUAGACAAGCAGAAAGACCUGACGCCACCUUGGGAGCAGUUCCCAUCUAAAGACCUGAGUCCCAAUGUGCUCUUCUCCUGCCAUCAGGAGCAUCAGGAUGCACUCGCCAUUGCUGAGCCGAGCAGGCCACAUGGAGGCUCUGAUGGUCGAGGCCAUGGUGAGGAGAGUGAGCCCUCUGAUGAUGAGAUGCUUUCUCUCUCCAGUCAGCGAAGUAGCACCACCACAGCCCCCCACAAACCGGACCCGCCUACUCCAAUGCCUGUGGCCCCUGAUCCAUCUGGGGAUGUGGAUCUUCUCGGUCUCGAUGGAGAGGAGAUCAAGCAGCCGCGUCCUCCAUCCCAGCCUCCCCCUUCCGCAGCUGCAACUACUGACCUCCUGGGGGACUUUUUUGGGGCUCCACCCCAGCCCUCAAGCGGUCCUUCAUCCACACACUCCACCCCGCAUAAAGUAGUGCCAAGCUCUGCCUCGCCUUGUCCUUCUCCUGCCCCACCAGUGUUUGACCCUUUUGGGGCCGGUCCCAUGCCGAAGCCUCAGGAGAUGAUGGGUUCAUUUCUGGGACCAGGUAAUGUGGGGCAGCCGGACCCCUUCCUGCAUGCUGCUCGCUCUCCAUCCCCCACCCUGCAGCCCACAAGCUUUGGCCGGAGUUCCCCCGUCCCACCUGCCACCCCAACUGUCAACAUUCAGCAGCAAAACAUUAUGGGAGGUUGGGAAUGGAACAGAACCGCCACCACAAGCACAGGAGGAGGUUUAGGAAUGGGCAGUCGAUCAGCCACUACCAGCCCAACGGGUUCAGUCCACAGCACACCCACCCAUCAAACCAAGCCAAACACUCUGGACCCUUUUGCUGACAUAGGCAAUCUCGGGGGAAGCCUUGGAGGAGGUUCUGGAUUCUCCAGCAAGCCCACUACACCAACAGGAACGACCCCUUCCUUUCCUCCUAUGGGCUCCCCUUCCCGGCCUCCUCCAUCUCCCCAGCAUGCAGGAGGAUGGCAGCACUCAGGAGCUGGCUUCCCAUCAUGGCAGCCUAACACUGCUCCUGGAGGAUGGCAACCACAAGGACAAGGCCCCACCCCACAGCCAAAGCCCAGCCCCAGCCAUACGUCCAUGCCUCACACUUCCCCACAGAACCGACCCAACUACAAUGUUAGCUUCUCUGCGAUGGGGGGUGGAUCACCCAGUGCAGGGGUGAAAGCACAAACGGGAGUUGGCUCUAAGCCCAAGGCCUCAGAUGCCAACUUUGAUGACCUGCUGUCUGGCCAAGGCUUUGCAGGGACCAAAGACAAGAAAGGACCAAGGACUAUAGCAGAAAUGAGAAAGGAGGAAAUGGCCAAAGAGAUGGACCCUGAGAAAAUAAAGAUUCUGGACUGGAUUGAGGGGAAAGAGCGGAACAUCCGAGCCCUCCUUUCCACUAUGCAUACAGUGUUGUGGGAAGGGGAAACACGUUGGAAACCUGUAGGCAUGGCUGACCUGGUUACUCCAGAACAGGUCAAAAAGGUCUACCGCAAAGCCGUCCUUGUCGUCCACCCAGAUAAGGCAACAGGACAACCUUAUGAACAAUAUGCCAAGAUGAUUUUCAUGGAGCUAAAUGAUGCCUGGUCCGAAUUUGAAAGUCAAGGACAAAAAGCUCUUUACUGAAAAAGGAGUGCUAGGAAGUAAACAACAAGAAUAUCCUGACAUGUCAGCACUCCGGUCAACAUCUGCAUUUAUGCAGCCAUGCUGAGUUCUCAACUCCUAAAGAUUCUGUUUCAACUACAGCGUCCAGACUAACUGAUUGGCUCCUUUUGAGAGCAGUAUAGCCUCCGACUGUAUGCUUCUGGUGCAAUAUCAUCUCUCCUUCUGGAGUGUCCUUGGCUCUGACCAACUCACUCAUCAAAGCAGACACAAUGGGAUGUCUUAGAUUGGAACUGAAGACAUCAAACAAGAAGACGAGACAGAAGGCAUACAAGAUAAGAGGAAAAAGACAUCAUGUAUAAACUGAACGAGUGAGAGAUCAAGUCUUGUAAGCAUUUAACAGCAAUGAAGCCCACAAUACACUUUGUUUACAAACUAAAACCAGGUACAAUUAAUUAAAACUACAUUAAGUGUUCCCAUUAUUAUUAUUCAGUUAUUAUUGACUCUAAUCCAAAUUUUCACACCUUUAAUUGACUGUUUGAACACUUAAAGGAAAACUGCCACUUUUUUUUGGAACUUUGCCCAUCAUCCACAACCCUUAUGUGAAACAUGACCACACGUUUUUCCCUUUUCUGUGCAUUCUACUGAGAGAAAAACAGUUAGCAUGUGGAAGCUAACAUAACUGUAAUGCACAUAGCGGGACUUACCUAUUUUGACUAUAAAACACCAACAAUGUUCCAUUUAUAUAACUGACGUGUACAUUAACCAAGCGACAGCGAUAUUGUUAUUGUUGCAGCUAGCCCAAAGAACUAGAUUUUUCUAGCGUAGUAACACAAUGCCUCGCGAGUCUCAGCGUCGCUGACUACCCCUCAAGCCAAAACCGAGCGGUAACACUACCUACUGGAACUUUUCCUGUGUUGUUUGUGAGUUUUGAAAAGUUAACAUAAAUCAUGCCUCGCACGUGUAUUGUAGAAGGUCGUGGCAAUGAGCCGAAUAAGCUAAUAAAGCUGCAUUUUUUACCGGAGGACUAUGCUGUAUUUACGAGCUCAACGGGGAGCACAAGUCUUGUGCUGAAAGAUACAGCCAUUCCAUCAGGCUCUCACAAAGUCUGCCAUGAUUAGUAAUAGCAAAUAGACACGCUCUUUCUAUGCUGCUGUUGUUGACAGAAGUAGCGUUAGUUCCUAUGCGCUACUGUAUGUGAAAUCGAUGCUCCAGUAAAGAAGUCCCGGUAAUGUUUAAAUCAAAAUGAUCAAAUACGGCAAAAUACUGUAAGUAUUACAUGUUAUCAUGAAUGCACCUGUUAAUGCAUGAUCACAGCAUGUGUAUAAAACAUUGUUAGAGAUUUUUAAAGGACUUUAUAGUCAAAAUAGGUAUGUCCCAUUAUGUGCAUUGUUAGCUCCCCCAUGCUAACUUGUUUUCUCGCUUUAGAACACACAGAAAAUGGGAAUAAAUAUGUGUUUAUGUUUCACUUAAGGAUUGUGGAUGAUGGGCAAAAAUUUUACAAAAGUGCCGUUUCACUUUAAAAGUGCAAUUAUGCAGAAAAUUGGACACUAACAGCAGGUCAAUAAGUCCACACCACAAAUGACAUCAUUUUGAACUGAUAACCCCAAUCGUGCUUUCGAUUAGCACAGAUACAGUUCUGUACAUGAAGCACCUUGAGGCCUCAUGGAUUGACACUCACAUAACUCACAUAAUAAUAAUAGAUUUUCAUGGGCUGCUACGGAGGAGUUUGGUGAAAGCACAAAUUUGAAUAUGUGCAGCUUAGAAGGAAGGCCUUUGUUAUUUAUUAGUUAUUAUUACUUCAUUUUGUUCACCACGGUCUGCAUACCAGGGCUGCUGCUUCUUUUUGGCUCGUAUAUUGAAAAUAUUGAGACAGUAUUUCUGUGUGUUGAGCCUUCUGUGGGCCACAAUAGUUCUCUACAGAAAUUAGGACGGCAUCAUCUGUUGCCCCUAAGCUUGUUAUAAUGCAAUAAAAGAUUUAUUUUAAUGGUUUAUCAUUUUUAAAAAUAAUUAGAAUGUCAUACUGAUAUUUGUUUCAUGUAUCAAUGAGUCGAAUGGUACUGUAAACAAUUUAAUGACAUGUAUUUCAAUGUUUAUUACUGGAUGACAUGAGUUUACCUUUGACGACAGUUUUUAUCACAGUACUGACACUUUUAUUUUUGUAAUAAUAUUCAAACAGGAAUAGCGGCACCACGCCAUAUCAAAUUUGUCGGCUGCUGUAAAUAUUGCAGACGCUGAUUUUAUUUUAAUAUGCAAACUAUACUGAAUGACAGAGUUCCCCUUGGUUGCUUUCCUAGUUUCUCGUAUAAAUUUUAGGUGCAUUUGAUUGCAGUUUGGUGAUUUUACGCCUGCUGUCAGUUAAAAAGGAAAUUGGUACUGUUACUACUGUCAUGCUUAUUUAGCUGAAAGGGUUAACCUUUACAACCUUUCUGUCAUUUGUUGGAAUUGAAUGUUGUUGAGACUCUUCAAGACUGACGGAAAAGAUGGGAUGUUAUCUGGGAUCCGAAAUGGUUUGAAUAUUGUGAACUGCAGUGGACACUCAACAAGAGAAUAUUUAGACACUGGGAAAAAAAAACUGUGAAAUAACUGCAGGCAGAGGAAGUGCACUGUGUGUGCUUCUGUCCUCUACUGACACUGAGGACCUACAGUAUGUACAUUUGGAAAAAAAAACUCAGAAACUCUUUUGCUGACCGUCUUGUCCCACUACAGUCUUACAAGUAGGCUAAAAACAAUAACCCCUGUGUUGUACUCAGUGGAUAUGUGUUAUUUAGAUUGCUGUAUGUAUGAAAGUGAUUUGGACUAUUGUAUGUUAUGUGUUUGCCUGUCUGCUGUUAAAGUAUUACUAAACGGUAAAAUACUCUUUAUGUGUUUACUUUCAUUUCAUUUUACUGUCACAGGAUGUACUGUUAGGGUCAGGGGUUUACUGAUUUGAGACGUUCUUUUGGGUUUUCGCAAAUCCACACAGGGUUCAAAUUAAACAAACAGACUCUAAUACACAUGGCCGUAUUUACUCAUUUGGGGGCCCAAGGCAAACCUAGUCAUUGGGGCCCUCCACAUCCUUUUUUUUUUUUUUUUACAUUUGUACAAAAUGUGAGUAUGUAAUUUAGGCCACUUUUUCCUGCUGUUAUUUGUCAGCUUAAGUUGCUAGUUACAUAGCCAUGGUCAUAUACCCCCCCCCAAAAAGAAUAUAAAUAUUAAUGUUUAUCAUCUUCUAACAAGUGUGAAUAUGAGAAAAUUCUCCUAUUUCUUGAAGUAGAUAAAGUCCUUAAAAUACUUUUAAGUGCGUGAAUCAGGACUAAAACAGUAGUAUGUACUUUAAAAUGAAGAAUAAAUCAAUCAGUUUUUAUGAGACAUCUGGGGGUCCCUGGCAAUUGCCUGCGUUUGCCCAAUGGUAAGCCCCUGCUAAUAUUGUGCUGCAAUUUCAUCCGACCUGCAGAACUGUUUGGAAAAUAGCACUGAGUUGGCCUGCAAGAACAAAGUUCUUGAAGCGAUCUGCAUAAUCAAGCAAUUCUCCCAAUAUAAAUGACUUCUUUGGUGUUACAUAUCCAAAGUGGCCACAGUAUUAUAUAUAGCAUGAAUUGCACAACCAUUCUUACUAAGGGUGCCUGAUUGAGACUCAACACCACUUUGAACUAUGUAUACAAAAAACAACACCUUAACUGUUUGUAGAAGUGUCACAGAUUGUAUCAAGAUCAAGAGAUCAAGAUCAAGAGAGUUUUAUUGUCAUGUGCAUAGUAAAACAGCAGUUAUACCAUGCAAUGAAAAUCUUAUUCUGUUCAUUCUCCCAAGAAAAGAAAGAAACACGAAGGCUCAGAAUCACCCUUCUCAAAGUAUUCGUGUUAUGUCUAAUAAAGACUCACCAAGCCAUUUCAGAUUUAUUUAUAAAAAUACAGUGAAGGCUGACAGAUUAUUUCCCUGUUUGCCAUCACUGGAUGUUUGCAUGAAUCACCAACUUCACACAGAUCAUUAAAAAAAUAAUUAAAUUAGAAAGUCUUACAAAUCACUUACACACAUACACAGUACACAUAUAGCUGAAGAAUAAACAAUAAAUCUAGCAACUUCUGAUCAACCCGUGUCAAUUUCAGACUUAAAAUAAUGUACAGAUUUAAGCCACACCCGUUUCCGAUUAAACCACGCCCUUCCGGUUUAUCUGUACUCCGAGUACAGACACAGAUACGGAUCAUUUAGAUGGGUGAACAGAUACAGAUACAGAUACAGACUGUGUACUCGCUCAUCCCUAAUAUUUACUAUCAGUAUUGUAGUGUUUUUUGAGACUGGCUGUCACAGU